CACCAGCUGACAGCAUCGCGAGACAGCCAAAGCCCACGCCAGUCUCCCUUGGGGUGGAUUCGUUAUCGAAACCGUGCCUUGCUGACCUGCCGAUGUAUUUAAUAAAGGCGGCGUCGCGCACGCGUAUAUCGACGGGAGACUAAACAAUAGGCUUCCUUGCGUUCCUGGCAGAUUCCCUUCUUGGUCAUUGGCUGGCUCCUCGAUACAAAGGGCACAUUCACAUUACAUCGUCUUCAUAUUUCGCCUUUUUCACGGUCAUCAUACUCGAUAACCCUCGCUCUGGCUAGCGGCGCCUUUGUACCCUUUCCCAGUUAAUUCUUCAAUUGAUAUAAUACCCUCCGCCCACCACCACUCCAUAUCCUACCUCAUCGCUCGACUUCACCACGCAGCUCUUCUUUGGCAGGCCAACUAGCUGUUUCAAAUAAUUCUUCUCACCUCCAUCUCUCAACCUUCUUUCUCACCUGCUUCAAAAUGCCUUCCUCCAUCUUCAACUUUGUCCGCCGUGGUCGCAAGUCGUCGUCAUCAGAACGUUCCUCGAGCCGUAGCUCGUCAACAUCGUCAUCGGCUGACAUGUCCACUAUAUCAGACAAUCGCCGCAGCUACGCGAGCUCCAUCAACAGCAUCAUAUUCAACCAACCUUCUAUGAUCGAUCACGCUGCUGAAUUGGAAAACUUCUCCAGCGAGCUGACGGUGCUGGAGCCCCGACCUGUUGUGUAUUGGAGCAGCGUCGAGGAACGAAUGGGUUCGCUUAACUUUUAAGCCGCCAUCUUCCAAUCUUCACACUACUUUCUUCCGCUCGCUUACUCCCACUUUUACAAUUUACAACAACAACAACAACAAGGCUCUCUUGGCCUUGUAUGUUACCUUUUUUUGUUUUGAUUCUGGAAAACGGGUGCACCAUGGAUUGGUUGGUGCCCGCCGUGGUCUCUUAUACUCUACAAUAAGCAAGGGACAAAAACUGUCUCAAGCAGUCUAUAAUGCCAAUUUAACGAUUUAUUCUUCCUUCCAC